AUGUCAAUAAUAAAGCACGUUCUCACGCGCCGGGUCUGGUUGAUCAAUGACGAGCGCAAAGUUCGUAUUUUGAUUCCUAGCACCGACUCCAAGAUAAUGGCGCCGGCAUCGUCGUCAAAACAGAAAUCCAAGGAAGAAGUCGUCGAAGAACUUCGCGAGUCUAUCGGCGCAAUCUUCGAGCAAGCGCAACUGUCGGUCGCAAACCACAAGAAGAACUGCGUUGCGUUGUCCAAAAUCCAUACCAAGGCUGCGGCAAUUACUCAUGGCGCAAAGGGUGGAGGGGUAAAACCUACUGGAGAACGGGCGUUUCAGGAGGUGUUCAUCGACAUGGUGAACAGGGUACUAGUCGUGAAGAAGGGUGUUGCGAACGCGGAUCGGGUGGUCAAAUACGUUGGCUCAUUUGUGAAAUUUAUGAACGAGAAAGCAAUAGAGGCGAAGGCGAAAACCGCGUCUUCUUCCUCGAUUUCUGCGGGCAACGGAGAUGAAGAUGAAGAGACACCCACCAGUCGCUUCGUUGCGAAACUCUUAAAUUGGCUCAUUCAAGGCUUUGGGGCGAAGAACAAGAUCGUUCGAUAUCGUUGCAUACAAGUCGUCUCGGAGAUGAUCUCUCACCUCGGUGAAAUUGAUGAAGACACCUACACAGAGCUGCGAGAUGCACUCACUGAUCGUAUGAACGACAAGGAAUCUCUCAUUCGCGCUCAGUCCGUAAUGGCUCUCUCAAAACUCGUUGGAAGUGAAGAACCUGACGAGAUCGAGCAAGGAGAGCAAACCAUCCUCCAAACUCUUCUCGAGGCUGUAUCAGCUGAUCCAGCCGGAGAAGUGCGACGCGCUGCCCUCCUCAACGUCCCACUCAUCCCCUCAACCAUCGAUGGCAUCCUCAGCCGCACGCGAGACGUCGACGCCAUAACGCGGAAAUUGAUCUAUUCCAACGUCCUCCUCCCAAAGAUGAAGCAUCCCCGCCAAUUGACCAUCGCCCACCGCGAACAGAUCGUCAAGGAUGGCCUUGGGGACCGCGAGCCCACCGUGCGUGUGGCAGCCGGCAAACUCGUGACGUCGUGGUUCGACACUAUCCUUGCUGAGGAAGAGCACGAGAGCACGAAAGGCUGGGAAGGAGAUGAUGGUGGUGUGAUGAAGGGUCUCAUUCGGUUCCUUGGCUUGUUUGACGCAGUUGGUCCUGGCGAGGCCGUCGCGGUCGACGCGAUCCUAUCGGUGUUUACGACGCGGCCGGAGGUGCCUGACGUGUUCGUCUUUCCUGACGAGUAUUGGAAGGACCUGACGGCCGAAUCAGUUCUUCUCGCUCGCGUAUUCGUCGAGCAUGCUGUCAGCUCGAAGAAUGAGGCUAGGCUGGAGACUGCAUCGCUACCCGUGGUCACUGCCUUUGCAUUCCAUGUCCAGGAGGCAUACAACAGCAUUCUUCAGGUGCUGCAAGAGCAGGAGGCUGCUAAACUUCUCCGUGCAGGACGGGAUGCGCGGGAAGACGAAGAAGAGCAAGAUGAAGAAUUGGAAGAGGAGCUUGCGAAGUGCGAGGUUGUGAUGGGCGAGCUUUUAAAGCUGGCACUGAAGUUGGAUUACGGAGACGAGAUUGGAAGGAGGAAGGUUUUCUCGGUCGUCAAGGAUAUGCUUGCGCACCCUCGACUUCCCCCUGGCCUAAUUGAAAGGUGCUUGGACGUUCUGAAGGAAAUUAUGCCCUCAGAGCGUGAUCUGAUCCGCCUCAUCGUCGAGAUAGUUGUUGAACUUCGAGAAGGAGACGAAGAGGCUGAAGUAGCUGAUGAGCUUCCGAUCGACGACAACCAGUCGGAUGUCUCUCAAACGACGAUCCGCAGGGACAAACCUUCUCGUAAGCAGAAAGCCCCUGAGGACCUAUCACCCGAACAGCGCAUGGAGGCGGAUGUGACGGACGUGCGCUGUCUUAUGCUUUGCAUCGCCAUGCUCGAACGCGUCAACGGUACCUUUGAAGAUAACUCUACUCUUGAAGGUAUCCUUGGCGACCUCAUCAUACCGUCCGUAAAGAGGAAGGAACUCGCAAUGCGUGAAAAGGCUCUCGUUAGCCUUGGUCUUUGCUGUCUCAUUGCUAAGAGCAUGGCCUUGAAUUCGUUCCAGCUCUUUUUGAGUCAAGCCCAGAACGCACCACCCGAGCUCAAGGUCCAGGUAUUGAGGAUCAUCAUGGACUUGCUGAUCAUGUACGACCAUGAGUUCUUUGCUCGAUCCGAGGAAACAGCCAAGCAAAUUGUCGAUUUCCUUCUUCAACUUCUCGAAGGCGAAGAGUCUCCUGAAGCUCAGGCUGUGUUGGCUACAGGCUUCUGCAAACUCUUGCUGUCGGGUAUCGUAAAUGAACCCAAGGUCCUCGUCUGUCUCGCGCUGCUGUAUAUCUCGCCUACGACAGCCAACAACCAAGAGCUUCGCCAAUGCCUCUCGUACUUCUUCCCCGUGUAUUCGUACUCAUCGGCUGCCAAUCAGUGUCGGAUAGCAUCUAUCUUCAUGUCCACUUUCGACCUUGCUGUUCGGCUACACGAAGACCUCGACGACGACCAGGAGAUGAUCACUCCUCAUCAAUUAGGGCUUUUGAUGGUCGACUGGACGAACCCGCUCAAGGCUGCUGAAGUUGCCGUCGACAAAACUCCUAGCCAAGCACAUAUUAGCCUUGCUGUCGAGAUACUGGUUGCGCUAUACGAUUCCGAUCGUACAGUCGAUGAGCAGAAGAUCUUGUGCCAACUCCUCGGCCAGCUCCAUAUAGAAGCGGGUUUGGAACUUCGGUCUAUCCACAAGCUCAACAUCCUCAUCUCACAUCAUGAAGAGCAAUGCCCUUUCGAGAACUCGGCAAAUGAGAAGCUCUUCGGCCGCUUCAAGACCAAGUUUUCGACCCUCUUCGAGAAGGAGUUAAAGGAGAUAGACCCCCAAGAAUACUUGGACGAUGAAUUCCGUGACGUCUAUCAGAAGAUGGGUGUUGACGUUCCGGAGGAGGGCGAAGACGGACAAGUUCGCCGUCGGUCCCGGUCCAAGGCCAAAAGCAAGGGAAAGCGGAAGGCAUGGAGCGACGAUGAAGAGGACGAGGAGGACGAGGAGGAAGAAAAAGGGGAAGCUGCAGAGGAGGACGAGGAAAUGCAACAAGAGGAACAGGCGGAGGAGCAACCGACUGAGGAAGAGCACGGAUCUGCCGCCGAUGCCCAAUCCAACAUUGAGGAAGACAAUAGUGAUGCUGAAGUAGAUCCAGAGGAGGAAGUCACUGAGGUGGAGAGCCGAGAGAAUUCUCCGACCCCACCACCGACAAAACCCAAGAAAAAGCCUCCUGCAACGCGUCAGAGUGGAAGAAACCCAAAAGUUGCAACGACGAAGAGUCGGAAAGGAGCAAAGCAGCAGGAUUCCGAGUCCCAAGGUUCCAACGAAGAGAACGUUCCUCCGCCUGUAAUUGUCUCGGUGACGCCGAAGAAGAAAGGUGUAAAACGGGUUCAUACCCCUGGUUCCGGUAAUGCCAAUUCUCCGGCAAACCGAAAAAGAACUCGAGUCAAGGCGCCUCUGAAACCAGUACCAAAGGAGGCGACGCCCGAAGAAUCCGACAUCGAAAGCCCCCCAAGCCCUACACCUAAAAAGAACACUCGACAAACUCGCGCAAGGGCAGCAAAUGCUCGUAAGAAAACGGCGAAAGAGCUAUUGCCUCCUGCGACCCAGAGUGACGAAGAGGCGGACGAAGUAGCGAGCUUGAUGGCUUCGUCAGACGACUUUGGUGGAUAUUCAGACUGA